UCCAGGACUGGAAAGUACUAUAAACUGAGAAAACUGAAGUGCUGAGUAAGAAAAGUAGGCUCACAAGAAGUGCACAACAGAAAUUUUUGAAAAGUUUCAACUUUCUAUUUCUUCUGUGAAUCUGACCGACUAUUCAGAAAAAAUUAUCUCAAACAUGACAAAUGUCUCAGAGGACCAGGUUUUCUGUCCCCAGCUUGAGAUGAUGAGGAGGCAUGAACUUAAUAACAACACACAGGUCAAUCUGACUGUGGUUUGCAUCCAUGGACUGGUCUCUGGCCUGGGGAUUUUGGAGAAUGCCUUGAUCAUCUGGGUGGUGGGCUUCCGCCUAAGACAACGCACCGUGGCCUCCAUCUGGGUGCUCAACCUGGCCCUGUCUGACUUCCUGGCUACCCUGACGCUUCCCCUGUUCACUUUAUACCUAAACUUUCGUCACAGCUGGGAGCUCGGCAACCCACUUUGCAAAGUGCAGACAUUCAUCUUUUUCUUCAACAUGUUUGUAUCAGCCUUCCUUUUGGCAGCCAUUUCGCUGGACCGCUUACUUCUGGUCACCAAGCCAGUGUGGAGCCAAAAUCAUCGAUCAGUAGCAGGAGCGUGGAAAGUGUGCAUAUUGGGUUGGCUAUGGGCAGCAGCUAAUGCAUUGCCAUAUUUUGUUUUCCGCUCAGUAACUGAAACGAAGCAUAAAAGAAAGUUGUGCUAUCACAAUUUUGCCAUGUAUUCCUCACAUGCCACACUUGAGAGAGACUGUAACAUGAGGCAGUGGACCACAGCUAUCUCCAAGCUGCUGCUGGCAUUCAUAUUGCCACUGGCAGUGAUUGCAGGAAGCUACAUCAAAAUUGGUCUCAGUCUGAGGAGCAGGAACAGGAGGAGGAAGCAGAGUGCCACUAGACUAACUGAUGAUCUGAUUACGUUAAACAGAAAUCAACAAUCAAGAACUACACAUGGAAGAACUGCAGCCACAAAUAAAUUAUCUCUCAAAUUUCUAAUCCCUUGUCCAUCAUUAACCACUAAAGAAGACCCCUUGACCCCUACCAUCCCUAAUCUAACGAGUCAGAGCCAGCUAUCCCAGAGUUUCACUAAAAUGGUGACAUCUGUGAUUACAGCGUUUGCACUGUCCUGGGCUCCUUAUCACAUCUUCUGUAUGAUUGAAGUGGCAGCCCAAUAUAAUAUGGAAUAUCUCAAACUAGUGGAAGUAGGUCUACCUCUAGCUACAACACUGGCAUUCUUAAAUCCACUACUGAAUCCUAUUCUCUAUGUCUUCAGUUGCCCACGUUUCUGUGUAAGAAUACGGCAGAGUUUGGGAGCAGUGUUUGACGGACUGGUAGAAGAAAGAGGGGUGUUACUGAUGACCCCAGGAAAGAGCUUAAUAAGUCACAUUAGGAGGAGGAGCAAUCGAGAUGUUGGCCUAGGAAUCCCAGCAUCACCCUGUCAGUGAUACAGUAGCCAGCCCACCGUCUCAUCAGCUUUGCAGGACAAUAUAGUGGAGCAUAGCUGAGACAUCAAUUGAUUUUUGGCUUUGUGCCUCGGGAAGUGCAUGAAUUACAUUUAAUCAAGCACAUGUGCCCUACAGGUACUGUAAGACAUACACUAUAUUACCAAAAUUCUACUAUCCAAAUUAUUGACACACUCCUAAAACAUGUGGAAGAGUUGAAGCUGUUAUAGUUGCAAAGGGUGGUCCAACAUCAUCAACUUAAGUUUAUGUGUUUGUGAAGGCAGACAAUCAAUACUUUUGGCCAUACAGUUCAAUUCAAUUUAAUCUAUAUAGCACCAAAUCCCAAUAACAGUUGUGUCAAGGCCCUCCCAAUAAUACAAAGAAAAGCCCAACAAUCAUAUGACCCCCAUGAGUAAGUGCUUUGGCGACUGUGAGAAGGAAAAACUCCCUUUUCAUAGAAUUAAAAUAACAAUGUGUAAAUGUAUGGUUUGUGUUGUGUUUGUGCAGCAAACUAUAGUUAUCCAUACGGUACGGUGCUUUGUUCCUGACUGAAAUCACUGCUCACACUGUUGCUGAAGUUUCAACACCUGAAACUAAACAUUUCCAUGUUAACAGUGACAUCAUUGAUUGUUCCACCAAUCAGUGUUUUGAUUUAGGGCUGUAAGAAGAGUAGUUCAAAUGUGGGACAUGAUACAUCAUCAACAACUAUAUAGUUUUGUUAGUAAUCAGUGAAGUUACAUUUCAAAUGUUUUUAUAUGGCCUUUUAAAAUUGUACUACAUUGUCACUACUACCCCUGAAUGGCGAGCCUAUAAAGAUCAAUACAUCAGCUUGAGCAUGUGACUGAAAACUGGAAAAUGUAUAUCCUUCUGAUUUAGUGCAAGACCGUGGCGAUUUGUAGUUAGCUUUCCCGAGCUCUAUCAUGAGGUCGAAAUUCAGUUUGUACAGUAGAAAAUAUAUUGUUCCAUAUCCUGUCUCAUGUAAAAGUUACAAAAUCUUAGCAUUCAUGCACAGCGUUUAACAUUGUAAAUGUGUCCGUGUUCGAAUUUCAAGUAUUUUUAUACUUAUCUUUUUAUAGUGAUGUACAGCUGUUUUAAAUGUUUAAAAUAAAAAGCUGUAAUUGUUUGUAUCACUUUGGUGGAACUUUGGUA